CUGAUAGUCACACUGGAAUACACAUUCACACACUGCUUCAGACACGCUUUCACACACUCUCACACUGGGAGCAGCCUCUCACCUGCGCCCCAGUCUUUCUGCUUAUUAGUAUAUGGUUCUUCACCACUGGACCACCUGUGGAACAACACCUGAUCUGCGAUUUCUCAGUGUCUCAUCAUUGGAUAGAAGGAGACCCACAGCAGAGGAGUUCCCAGCAUCUCACAUCAGCCUGCUUGGCUUCAUCUUAACACUGAGAAAGGCAAAGAAUCUGGAUAGACGGUGGUGUCAGUUUUCCUGAUCUUUGAACUAUUUCCUGUGGCCUGAAAAGAAGAAAAACAAAAAGAAAAGUGAGGUCCAAAACCAAGCAGGUCCGCUGACUUCACCAGAAGAGAGAGCCCAAGAUAGAGGUUGGGGAGAAGAACUACGACUAAAACUAGUCCACUACCAAUGGCAUCAACAGGCCUACAAUUGCUAGGCCUAAUCCUGUCCCUGCUAGGCUGGGUAGGUGGGUCCAUAGUAUGUGCUGUCCCCCUGUGGCGUGUCACUGCUUUCAUUGGCAACAACAUUGUGACAGCUCAGAUCAUCUGGGAAGGCCUGUGGAUGGCCUGCAUCGUCCAGAGCACAGGCCAGAUCCAGUGCAAGGUGUAUGACAGCAUGCUGGCUCUGCCUAGUGACAUGCAGGCAGCACGUGGCCUCACCAUGCUCUCCAUCCUGCUAUGCGGGCUGGCACUGGGCCUUGCCAUCCUGGGUGUCAAGUGCACCAAGUGCCUGGGGCGACAGCAUACCAAAGCUCGCAUCAGUCGUGUAUCCGGAGCCCUCUUCGGAAUUGCAGGCUUCCUUUACCUGGUGCCCGUGUGCUGGACGGCACACUCUAUCAUCCGGGAUUUCUACGACCCACAUGUGGCUGCUCCACACAAGCGUGAGCUCGGCCCUGCCCUCUACCUUGGCUGGGGGGCAUCGGGGCUCCUACUGAUUGGUGGGGCAUUGCUCUACAGUGGAUCUGCCCCACCUGGCAUCCCAUCUUCACCCACAUUUAGCAGUGAAGAGGAGAGUCCGCGGAGGGCAGCUGGAGGGGUGGCCCAGGUGAAGGGGUAUGUCUGAGGAACCCCAGAGGGCGCACAACCCACCCCAUCCCCACCUCCAGCCCAGUCACCUGAGAAAUGAAACAUGCUUCUGGUCUCCACACUGUCUGCUACUUUUCUCUUAACAGUCCUGCUAUUUCCCCUGUAUGAUUCUUUGUCUUGUUUGUACCCAGUGUGAGGUUAUGAAAAGAAAUGUGAAAUCGUUUUGUUACUCCGCCUCUGACCUCACUUGAUAACCCAUACCGUAUGUUUGUGUGUAUUAAAAAAAAUCAAU